UUUUUUAAAUAAUGUCGGUAAUAGUGAAAGGAUCGUUUAGUAUUUAUAAUAGUUCAUAUUAUUUGUUGAAAAAUUAUUAGUGAGCUUUUUACUACUUUCCUAAAUAUUACAUAUUAGAUAUUUUACAAAUGAUUAUUAAUUUUUUUACAGUUGUUGCCCACAUAGCCCACCAGUUUGCAGUUAUCCACCUUUACCACCAUGUGAUCCUUGCUUUUGUUGUAAACCACGACCUAUUUGCAUAAAAUUACCUCCACCACCUCCACCAAUUUGCCCCCCAUGGCCACCUCCACACUCUGGCCCACUUCCUGAUAAAAAUUAUUACGCUCCCUCAUCCUAACGUUUUUAUUCAUCUACAGUUCAAAAAUUGUUGUUUUUAUAUAUAUAUAUAUAUAUAUAUAUAUAUAUAUAUGAAUUUGUAAUAUCAUAGUUACACGAAUCAGUACAUCUGUUUUUACGAAGAUUCUCAAUUAUUAUAUCACCAAACUUCACACUUUUCUUAUAUAAUAUUGGUGUCUUAUAAAAUUUGUAAACGUAUAAAAAUUUUUGUAAAAUUAUUCCCAAGUAACAAAUAUGUCGGUGAUGGUAAAAUGUCAAGGCACAUACGAUAAAAAAGCUCUAAAGGCCAUUAUCGAAAGUUGCGGUUGCUGUCCACCGCCCGAACCUUCAUGUCCAGCCAUUUUCUGUGUGCCAUCUCCAUGCUGCCCACCACCUCCUUGUAAUCCAUGUCCACCAUGCUGCCCACCACCUUCUUGUAACCCAUGUCCACCAUGCUGCCCACCACCUUCUUGUAACCCAUGUCCACCAUGCUGCCCACCACCUUGUAAUCCAUGUGCUCCAUGCUGCCCACCAUCUCCUUGUAAUCCAUGUGCUCCAGAAUGUGAUCCCUGUUGUACUAUUCCUCUGGUUCCGCCGGUUGGACUAGCUUCUUCGAGACCUUGUGGCCCAUGUGCUCCAAGUACUCCAGUACCAUGUAUGACGUGCCCUCCGUUAGGACCUAUCCCACCAUGUCCACCAUGUCCUUUCAUAUGUCCACCUUGCACCGGUUAUCCUUGUGUUACGACUGCACCUAUACCAAAACCAGUACCAGCACCCUGCGAGCCUAUCAUGCCUGUCGUUCGGACACCGAUUAAUACGGGUGGACUUUUUUACAUCGGUACCAGUAAAUGUUACCCUUGUUUACCACCUGCUUGUCCAACACCAUGCAUGCCGUGUACGCCAAUACCUGGAAUGUCUCUUACAUGUUGAUUCUAUGAUAAUUAAUUAUGAUAUAAAUCGUAACAAUUUUAAUUAUAGAACUUUUGCGCAAUUUAAAUUAACUGAAUUAUAAAUAAUUCAUAUUAUCUGAUUUAUCAACGUAUAUGAUUAUUUAAUAAAAGGAAAGCUAUAAAA